CCAAGUCGUCUUGUGCUUGAAUAGCUGCUCUGUGCGCCCCCCUUCCUUUUGACACCAAACUGGAUAUUAUGGAAGGCCAUCCUUCCAACAAAGGCGAUGUGGGAAAGAACCAAAACAAGCCUUCUCUGAUGGAGUCCCAUCAUCGAUCCAGCCAGAGGCAAGCUCAGAGUGGCGGCCCAAAACAAAGCACUGGACGCAGCUCAACCGUCAAAGACCCGCAUUCGAAACACUGAUGGUCGGCAAACGCUGAGUGAAAAACAAUGCACCUUUGUUGCCCAAGGUCGAGGACAGUUUGGUUCUGCACCAGGUUUAUAUCCGUGACGACCGUGGUUGAUCGCUGCAUCCUAGUCCAUUCUCCGGUCCACGGCUGUGGUCCCCAAAAAGUACGAGCAUAAUAAUACUGAAAUCUUCCGAGACGAACAGAGGCUUCACAAGCUCGCCCAUCUGGGUGAUCGUAUUAUGCGCUUGGGCUUGCUCAAGCCAAUCAGGGCUGCACACCCCGGUAUCGGACGACCUCAUUUCCAAGCCAAUUGGGGUAUGGAAGGUUAUCCUGCGUACUGAGACUACUAAGAUCAAGAACUUCGGCGGUACCUUCGAAGCUUCAUGUAGCGACCCACUGCUUU